GGUCUAUUUGCAACUCUUGCUUGGAACCCAUCCUGCUAUACCUAGAACAUUUAAUAUGGCAGCUGCUGUGCACCCAAGCUCAUCUUCUAGAGAGAUGAUCAUGGAGGCCUUCAACGGCCACAGAGAAGUGCUCGACGAAUUUUACGACAGAAGGGAAGUCCUGGUGAAGCUCUCCCGAGACAUUACUGCCCUAUCGAAGAAAUGCAUCUUCAUGCUUCAUCGACUGAUGAGCGACCCGUCCAACACGCCUGGCAUCGAGCGAGAGCAGAGUCUCGUUGCUGCGAAGCAGGGAUAUGAGUGCCUGAAACAAAUCAAGAGUAUGUUAGAGAACGCACGAGAAUACCUGAGAGGGAAUGAAUUUUGGAAGUACCAGCGGUCUAUUGCACCUGGAUUGCAAGAGUUCAUCGAGGCAUAUGGAUUUGCAUACUACUUGGAACAUAACGCUCUCGUCCACUAUGCGGAUAUCCAAGCUUAUCUCUCUGAUGACUCUGGUAUACCAUAUUUCCCCUUGCCACCCUCUGAUUACCUCCUUGGAAUCUCCGAUCUGACGGGCGAACUGAUGCGGUACGCCAUAUCCGCCAUUACCACGCCUGGAGGGAGAAUACGAGCGCGUGUUGUAUGUGACUUCGUUCGGGACUGUCGAGCAAAAUUCGAAGCUUUCGCACCGCAAAUAAAGGGAUUGGAUCAAAAGCAGAAAGCCACCACAAGCUCAUUACGCAAGAUGGAAGAUGCCACAUAUGCUAUGGCCAUCCGCGAAAGGGAAUAUGCGGCUUCACCCGAACGGCUGGACCAACUCGUUAGUGAAUAUGUGUCUGGCUCUAGUCGGGAUCAUGGCUGGGACAGCAGCGGUCGCACGAACCAAGGAGAUGAUCAUGACGAGUGAAGGAGCCCCGAGUUUACUGUGAUCCCCGAACCUGGGACCGUGCAAUUUUCUUCUCGCUUUACUCCGAAUAUUCUGUGUCAACAUCCCACAAUGUGCAAAUGUAACAACUCUGCUCCACGGACGGACCGCGACCGAGCAACCUGAAUGGGAAAGCCCGUCAGCCAGAUCUGGGAGACUGGGAGUGUCAAACGCUGCUCUUCCUUGCGGUUCUCAGCACAAGACGAAACUUACGUCAUUAAUCUUUCGCCGAGAUCUAUCAGCCGCUUAAUUUGGAGGGAACGGGCUUACUCAGCCAAAAGCCAUUUGAUGCCGUCGCUCACAAUCGGCUGACUAAGGCAAUUGCCUUCUCUAUCGUUAGGGAUAAAUUAUGGAAUUCGCUGUGAUAAAAGGCGCGAUGAGAAAAACUCAAGA